AUGGAAGUCUCAUGCAAAAUUCUUAGAAAAUCAAUCCAUACUUUUCUUCAAAACUAUCAAAAUUUCAGCACAAAAGCAUCAUUUCUAGCCUUACCAUUCUCAGCAUCAAUCCUACUCUCACAAGCAUUAGUCCCUUUAUCUUCAUCACUCUUCCCUCAAACAUACAAUCACCUAAAAGCUCUCUUUCAUGCUGCAGGCUUUCCCUCAUCACACUUGUUUACUAUUCUCAACCUUAAGGUUUCUCAAACAAUCACUUCCUCAAUCUUCACCUUUCCUUUCACUAUCACCUUUUUCCUCAUUGCAAAAGCAUUCAUAAUUCAAUCUUUGAAUAAGAGCGAAAAGAAUCCGUCCUAUAAUUAUAAACCAAUCCUUCACACGUAUUUCUACAACACUUUCUUCAUUCUUUCGGCCAACGCGUCUAGUUUUUGCCUCCUUUUUCUUGCCUUUAGUUUCUCUGAAGGGCCAGGAAACUCUUGGCCGAGUUUGACAGUUUUUCUCUCGGCUGCAGCAGUGGUUUUCUUCUCGGUGAUCCUUGCGAAUGCACUCGUGGUAUGCAACAUGGCGCUCGCGGUGUCUGGUAUGGAGGGACGGGGAGGAUAUAUGGCGAUUCUGAAAGCGUGUAUUCUUCUAAGGGGGAAGACGACAAUGGCUUUGUUCUUGGCAUUACCUGUCAAUGUAGGUUUGGCUGCCAUUGAAGCCUUGUUUCAAUUUCGGGUCGUGAGAGGAUAUUAUAUCGGUGAAACUUCAUGGUUUUUCAUAGCUUUGGAGGGUGUUUUCAUAGCUUAUCUGUACUCGAUUUUCAUCAUCAUUGACACUAUUGUGAGUUGCAUGUUUUACAAAAGCUGCAAAAUAAGAGAAACAUGGAUUGAUAAGGAAGACAAACAUUUUUUGAGAAUUGAAUCCAUUGAGGACGAGAAUUAUUAUGGUUACUUGCAAGUCAAGAACUUCCAAGAACUACCUUGA